CCCCCAAGGCGUUGCGUCUGCGUGUCCCCUCCCCCACUCUCGCCGAGCCAUUCGAUUCCUCUCUCUCCGCGCGCCCCCCACGCGAAUCGCCGCCAUUUCGCCGAUUCCGGCCGCCGCCUAGGGUUUCGGUCCCAGCGGCGCCGGAGGGUUACGGCCGUGGGUCGCGCUCCAAGCGUGUCGCGCUGAGGCCGGAGGUGGAGUGGCGGUUCUCCGUGAAGCGGAGGUGGCGGUGGUUGUGGUCCCGGUGGCUGCGGAGCGGGGUCUCCGGCGAGCGAGUCUUUCCGACGCCGCGGCUGCGCGGGGGUCGAUGUGGAGGUAGUGCGGCAGUGGGGGGAGAAUAAGUGGCUGCGGCGGCGGAAGGCGGGCUGGCGGAGGCAGCCAUGUUUUUCAGCAGGCUCGAUGACUCGCCCAUGUUCAGGAAGCAGAUGCAAUCACUUGAAGAAGGUGCUGAAUUGCUAAGAGAAAGAUGUUUCAAGUUUCACAAAGGUUGCCGGAAAUACACGGAAGGACUAGGGGAAGCAUAUGAUGGAGAUAUUGCGUUCGCAAGUUCACUUGAAACUUUUGGAGGGGGUCAUAAUGAUCCAAUCAGUGUUGCAUUUGGAGGGCCUGUUAUGACCAAAUUUACAAUUGCCUUGAGAGAAAUUGGAACAUACAAAGAAGUAUUGCGCUCCCAGGUUGAGCAUAUGCUAAAUGACAAGCUGCUCCAGUUUGUGGACAUUGAUUUACAUGAAAUGAAGGAUGCUAGGAAACGUUUUGACAAGGCUAGCCUUCUUUAUGACCAGGCUCGUGAGAAGUAUUUAUCCUUGAAGAAAGGUACAAGGACUGACGUAGCAACUGCUGUAGAGGACGAGCUCCACAGUGCCAGAUCUUCAUUUGAACAAGCUCGUUUCAAUCUGGUGACUUCGCUUUCAAAUAUCGAGGCUAAGAAGAGGUUUGAAUUUUUGGAGGCUGUUAGUGGGACAAUGGACGCGCAUCUUCGUUAUUUCAAACAAGGAUAUGAACUCCUACAUCAGAUGGAACCAUAUAUCAACCAAGUUCUUGCUUAUGCACAGCAAUCAAGAGAAAGGUCUAACUAUGAGCAGGCUGCUCUUGUUGAGAGAAUGCAAGAGUUCAAACGACAAAUUGAUCGGGAAAGUCGGUGGUCACCAAAUGGAAUGAACGAUUCCCCUAAUGGUGAUGGAAUACAAGCAAUUGGUAGAAGUUCUCAUAAGAUGAUUGAGGCAGUGAUGCAAUCAGCUUCAAAGGGCAAGGUUCAGACUAUUCGACAAGGCUAUCUUUCUAAGAGAUCUUCAAAUUUGAGAGGUGACUGGAAAAGGAGGUUCUUUGUACUCGACAGUCGAGGAAUGUUAUACUAUUAUCGCAAGCAAAACAGUAGGCCAUCUAGCGGUUAUUCUAAUCAAAGAACUAGCACUCCCUCCGAACAUGGUUCUGGGUUGCUCAGCAGAUGGUUUUCAUCUCAUUACCAUGGAGGCGUGCAUGAUGAGAAAUCUGUUGCACGCCAUACUGUAAACUUGCUAACAUCGACCAUUAAAGUUGAUGCAGACCAAUCAGACUUGCGGUUCUGCUUCAGAAUAAUUUCUCCCACAAAGAACUAUACAUUGCAGGCAGAGAGUGCAAUGGAUCAGAUGGAUUGGAUUGAAAAAAUUACUGGCGUCAUCGCUUCUUUGCUGAGCUCCCAGUCCCCUGAACGGCGUCUUCUGCUGAGCCCUAAGGGCAGCAGCCAUCAUCGAACUGCCAGCGAAAGCAGUUCUUUCAGUAGCUCAACAGAACUUGAACAUUCAAUAAGUGAAGAUUGCAUGCUGGAAAAGAACUCAGGAAGUGGUUAUUUCGAUCAUUCUGCCAGGGGUACACAGCAUCACCGAACAAGCAUGAUGAAGCCUGAUAAGCCAAUUGACUUGCUUAGGAAAGUGGCUGGCAAUGGUAACUGUGCUGACUGUGGUGCUGCAGAGCCUGAUUGGGCAUCCCUGAACCUUGGAAUUCUUUUAUGCAUAGAGUGUUCUGGGGUACACAGAAAUAUGGGUGUGCAUAUAUCUAAGGUAAGAUCCCUGACGCUUGAUGUCAGGGUUUGGGAGCUAUCUGUAAUCAAUCUCUUUCAGUCAUUAGGCAACACGUUUGCCAAUACUGUCUGGGAAGGAAUGUUACCUUCGUCAAGCUGCGCUGACCAUGGUGAUAUUUCAAGGGCUGAUGAAUUAGAAAACACAUUGCAUGGCUUUACACUCAGCAAGCCUAAACAAUCUGAUCCUAUUACCGUGAAGGAGAAAUUUAUUCAUGCCAAGUAUGCUGAAAAGGAUUUUGUGCGGAAGCAUAAUGUGGAUGAGAUUCAGCUAGCACAACUGAUGUGGGAUAAUGUAAGUUCAAACAACAAAAAGGGGGUGUACAGUCUGAUUGUGGGGUCAAAUGCCGAUGUAAAUUUUUCUUACGGACAUACAUCAUUCAAUUCGGCUUUGACUCUGGGAAAAGCGCUCCUCCUACAAGAGCAACCAGCUUCACCAUCAAAUGGAAGUUCUAGAUGUUUUGAUCGCAAUCCGCUUGAGAAGGAUUCUUCUGGGGACUCUAUUUCUCCUGCCAGCACAAGUGCCCGUAUAGACGAAUUGGAUGAUUAUGUCGAAGGGUUGUCUUUGCUUCAUCUAGCAUGCCGCGUUGCGGACCUGGGCAUGGUUGAGCUACUCUUGCAGUACGGCGCCAAUGUAAACUCUACAGAUUCAAGAGGGCGAACACCACUUCAUCACUGCAUCAUGAAAGGCAGACCCAUGUACGCCAGGCUGCUGCUUUCCAGGGGGGCUGAUUCUCAAGCCACGGACAGAGAUGAUAGAACAGCAUUACAGUAUGCAAUGGAUGGCGGAGCCAUAGACGAUGAAGAGAUCCUUGUUUUGUUAGAGGACCCGAGUAGAUAAAUCAUGUAGGUAGUCAAGUCUCCAGUACCGGUGGGUGGCAUGGCGCCAAGUAUACCUCGCCGAUACUCUCAGUUUGUGUCAAGAGGAAGUUAUAGCUUUCUAGGGCCAUCUGCGGUUUUGGUCGCGGUUAGAGUGAAGGUGACCUGUUCAUCGUGGAUGCAGUUUGCAAGCUGUUUGGUUUUGUUUGCAGAUGUUGCGGUGUAAGUUUGUACAUUGGGAAGUGUCUGCCCGUUGUUGUGACAGUUGUACAUAUAGCGAUGAUGUGUCGUCGUAAUUCAUGCAAGAAUUAGAUUGGUGAGCUGAGAAAUGUGGCUGCCCUGA